AGGCAAGCCGCGCGGCGUCGUCGGCGCAUGCGCGUAGAGAGGUGACGGCGGAUAAUACGACGGCGGAGAGUGGGCGUGGCUUUUCGCUCGUUGAGCCGCUGCUGCUCUGAAGGGAAGCAGGCAGCAGAAGCGAUGAGGGAGUGAAGGCGGGCGGACGCGAAGGCAGGCGCUCCGCCUCGUCUUCCCCCUCUCCAUCCCGGCCAUGUACCGCAACAGCGGCGCCCUCCCGAACAUGUCGUCGUCGGCGACGUCGUCCUCGCCGUCGUCCUCCUCCUCGGGCCGGUCCAAAGAGAGCUCGGUCUCGGUCUCCCGCCUGCUCUCCCGCUCGGGGCCUCCCUCUUCCUCGCGACGCUCGCCUUCGCCUCGGAGCCGAAGACACCUCCGCUCGCCUUCCCCCCCGCGGCGGAGCAGUCGGAGACGAUCUCCAGGCCGACGUUCUCGUUCCCCAGGCCGGCAUUCUCGUUCCCCAGGCCGGCAUUCUCGUUCCCCAGGCCGGCGUUCUCGUUCUCCAGGCCGACACUCUCGUUCCCUGGGUCGGCGCUCUCUAAGUCGACACUCUGAAUCUUCAGUGGAACAGAACUUGCGGAUCACAGUUGGCAAUGACCGUUAUGGCAUUGAUACACCUGAGAGAAAGAGGUUAUCUGAUAGACUAGGCUCACCAGUUGAUAGUCUGAGUGAUGUGGACAGGGAUGACUUGGCUGAUGGUCCAAUAUUUAGCAGGCGUCUUCCACAUCCUCGAAGCCUUGAGCGUUAUCCCUCUCAUGAGGAAAAUUCUUCUAGUCCUUUUUGUAACAGACAUGAUAAGGACUAUCGAAGUAGGGAUGUUCUUGUCCACCAGCCGGACUAUGGCAUAAACUAUGACCAUCUGCAGGAUCAACCAAGAGAAACUGAUCAAGAUGGUGAACGGCUUAGAAAGUCUUUAUACACAUCAGAACAUAGAGGACGAGAGCCAAAGCGCCCUCGAUAUGAAAGAGAUGACAGAGUGCUUGAUGCAAGCAUAGAGCCUCAAGGGUUUUUGCCAGGAAUAAGAAACUACCGUAAACGAAGUUUUAGUAGAAGCCCAAGCCCAACAUACCUAGACAAGGAAUUUCGUGAGCUUGAAAAUGCUAGGAGAAGAAAGGAAAAGGAGGAACUGAACAGAAAUUUGACUCGAGAACUGCCUGGCAAUGACUACACAAUGUCUAGCUCAACUAAUCCUGUGCAGUCUUCUGAACCCCGUUACCUUUAUAGACCUGAUGAUGCACCCGCAAUGCCCAAAAAAUCUAUCUUAAAGAAACGUGUGGAAGAUCCUUCUGUGCAGCCUGAAGUCUUUCCUAACAGUUCUAUCAAAGAGCCCCCACUUUUUUCAAAUCCUCCUCUUUUGCCCCAGCGUAGCAGCAUUCCUGCAUUUUCACUGGAGGUGGAGAAUUUCCUCAAACGGUUCAACAAAAAUGCAGUUGCAGAGUUGACUGCUAAUAAGGAGUCCCAGGGAACUUUGCAUGAAUGGAAGCCAUACUCUGACCAACAGCAAAAAGCUACUCCUUUUGAACAAAACUCUGGGAAUUUUUUAACACAGAAAGAGCAUCAUGAGUCAACAUUGGAGCCUACUGACCGUCAGACUGACUUCUUGCUUCCUCAUGAAAGAGCCAGCCAGGAUGGCAGUGGUUUUUCACGCAUUUUGGGGAUGAUGGCAGAUUCUACUAGUACUCAAGAAAAGAGAAGGCGAAGCUUCCCUGAUUACAUUGAGGAUGAGGAAAAAUUUCUUUAUGGUGGUGAUGAUGAUGAUAAUAAUGAUAAUGAUGAUGACUCUCCCUGUACUCAAAAGCCAACACCGAUUGAUGGGAAAGAACCUGUACAGCAGAAAGUAAGUUCUCCACCUCCUCCUAGUCCACAUGUUAAACCAGCCACUUCAGAAAAAUCUUGGCCACAGUAUGAGAAGAUCCAUGACCUGCUCAAAACUAUUGGUCUUGAUAUUGGAGUUUCUGAAAUUGGUAAGCUUGCUGCUCGCACUCAGGAACGACUCCAUGGGAAAAAAACAUCUCAGUCUCCUGAUCGCCAUUCAGUAGGUUCUCAUAAGCCAGAAUUUCUGGAAAGACGGCGCAGUAGAAGCAAUACUCAUUCUCCAGAGUCAAAUCGGAAGCGAUCCCUCUCCCCUUCUGGCUCCUUCCUAUCAUCUAAAGAUAUGUCUUCUGUUUCAGCAUCUGAUCACAAUAAUAAUAAAGGACAAGAUAAUCCUGCUGGCACAUUGGAGCGGUCUGUUCCCCCAAUAUCUAUAAUCCCAUCAGCACCACCUUCUCUCCCUAAUUUGUCUCCUCCUACCUCUGUUUCGCAGUAUGGUGUUUCACAUUUUCCAUCAUUCAGUGCAACUCAGGUACCUCAAAACUAUCCGUCUCCCACAAUACCCCCUCCUGGCUAUGAUGCCUAUGGACGCUAUAUGGCUUAUGCAACUUCUGGCUGGCCCAUGUAUGCUCAGCAGUCCGACCCUGCACUUUCUGACAUGCAUGGGCUUGUCACGCUGACAGUGCCACCAAAUCCUACGCGACCCAACCUCAGGGUUAUUGAAACGGUUUCCACAAGCAAAGGGACUCCUGAUGUCAAGAGAGAUGAGUCUGUUCUUGUGCAAAUCCCUACAGCCACUUCUUACCACAAAAUGCUCCCUCAGUACUCUCAGCCUUCUUUCGAAAUUGUCAAGGAAAGAAUAUCUGAUGAAAGAAAUCGGGCUUCCCAGAAGCAAAAAGUAAUAGAGGAAAGAGAGAAGUUGAAGGCAGAACAAGAAGCACGUCAAAAGAAGCUGCAUUAUCUGAAGACUGAGUUAAAUAGACUCUCAAAACAGCAAGGGGAGAUGCUGCGGAAGAAACGAAGGGAGAAGGAUGGACACAAAGACCCCUUGCUAGUGGAAGUGAAUAGACUACAAGAAAACCUCAUGAAGGAGAUUGCUCAACUGAAGAUGAGUGCUGAAGCUGCAGAAAAGAAACAAUCUGAGCUUGACAAGGUAGCUCAGAUCCUGGGGAUUAAUAUUUUUGAGAAACCCCGGAAGCUAUCUUCAGAAAAUAAAGACCCCUCAGAAAAAAACAAGCCAGAAAAUGCAAAAACCCAGGAGAGAACGUCUGGCUCAAUCAAGGAAUCAAAAACUCCUAUUGACAAGUCCAAGGCUAAGAGCCCAAAACCUGCAGAUUCAUCUUCACAGUCAUCAAAACAACAUAUCCAGGGGACCAAUAUUUAUGACUAUUAUGACACAGGGAAUCAUUGGUGUAAGGACUGCAACACCAUCUGUGGGACUAUGUUUGAUUUCUUCACACAUAUGCAUAAUAAGAAGCAUAGGCAGACCCUGGAUCCAUACAACAGACCUUGGGCUUCAAAAACUGAAAAUGAAACAAAGCAGGAAAUCACAAAGCGCAUUGACAAAAUACCUGUUCCUGCCAAAGGUUCUGAAUUUUUAAUUCCAAUCACUGGAUAUUACUGUCAGCUCUGCCACGAAUUUUUUGGAGACCAGAUAUCAGCAGAACAACAUGUGAAAAGUCAUCCACAUAAUGAGAAAUAUAAGAAAUAUAUUGAUGAGAAUCCAUUCUAUGAAGAAAGAAGGAACCUGGACCGUCAAGCGGGUUUGUCUGUGAUUCAAGAAACAGAACGUAGACUGAAACGGAAACAGUGUGAAAAGCAAAAAGAGGAGAAAGAUGAGAAGACAGUAAAAACAGCAAGGAAAGAGGAACCAAAUAAUACCAAAGAGCUGGGAGAUGGAGAUAAUGAAUAUGAUACUAAUAAAUUGAAAAAAGUUACUAGUGGCCAAAAAUGUGGAAUUAAACUUAGAUUGAAUAAGGAUGACAAAGAGGUUGAGAAGAAGGAAGAGAAAAAAGAGGACUCCCCACAGGAAUCAAGAUUGUCAUCUUUUGGAAAGUUCAGCUGGACAAAGACUGAGAGGGAUGAAAAAACCCAAGGUAAAGAUGUGGCUCUUUCUAAGGAAGAAAGUGCAGAGCAAUGUAAAGAUAAAGAAAGUAAGUCACAGUCUGGAAAACCAAAUUCAAAGCCCAUUGCAAUUAAGUUGUCUGGAAAAACUGUUAUCCCACACACUAGUCCCUGGACACCAGUUGUUUCAACUUCAUCACAUGCAAAAAUCAGACCCAAUUUGCCAGUCCCGACAAUGGUUCUUAGGAAAUCUGCAACUGCAACAGUAAGUAAGCCAGCACCUUUAAAUACUUUCUUGUCUAUAAAAUCUUCUGGUGCCACCACCAAACCACUUCCUGUUGUCAAAGAAGGUAAUCCAGAAAUUGUUCUGCCUCCAGAUAUUAUUUCAAAGGCAUUUGGGGGAGAAGUCGUUGUCUUAAAAGGGUCACAAGAGGAUGCAAAGACACCAGCAGAAGCAGAGGAACAUGAGCAGAAAAGUGUGACGAAGGCCAUAGAACAUGCAAAGGCUCUGGAACAUUCAAAGGCAUGUGUAGCAAAGGCACAGGAACAGGCAGCUGUUGUGGCAAAGGCACAAGAACUUGCAGCUAUGGCAACAGAACAGGUUGUAAGAAUGGCAAAGCUAAAAAAGCAGUCUUUAAUUUUUGAGAGACCACAGCAGCGUUCUCCUCUGCUACCAUUGCCACCAAGACCACCACUGACACUAACACAACAACAGCUACCUCUAGCAUUUUAUCCCCCUCUACCCCUGCUUCCACUAAAGCAAGCAGCUAUCUUGGCAGAUGAUAUGGCUCCUGGUGUGUCUGAAGAUGAUAAAAACAUACUGGCAAUGCCCAUGUGUCCCUAUCCUUUACCACCUCCAACUGUUUUUAGAGACCAUGCUAAAAAAAUAGAAAAAAAGAAUACUUCUCUGGCUGCAGGCAGUGCUCAAGAUCUAUAUGAUGUCUUCUACAACAGCAGUGUGAGGAGUCCAGCUGACAGCAAGCUUGUGAAUUCAUCAAGUUCAGAUAAAGGGAAAUUAAAUUCUGUUGAGAUAGAAAAAAGUAUAGACCUGCUGGCAGAUUCCAAACCAAGAAACAAUGCUUUGGGACAACAGUCCUUACAGAAUGUAUGCAACUCUCCCAGUGUUAACAAAAUACCUUUAGAUGAAGAGACAUCAGAAACAGAGAAAGUAGAAACAGAGAAAAUUUUAGCAGUCUCUGAAGAAAGUACUGAACUCAAAGCUAGUGCUGAUGGCACAUCAGACAAAAUCUCUUCAGGGAAUAGGGAAGGUUUAGAAUCUAACAGUUUCCCAACAAGUGACUCUGUUUCCUUUCAUGAGAAGAUAGAAAUGGGAACUCUCGCUCUAAUUGAAUCUAGCAAGAAUUCACUACAUCCUGGAAAAGCAGAAUUAGUCACACAGUUGUCAGAAAGUAAUACUCCUGUUUUGGAAAGUGAUAGCCAAAAGCCAUCAAAGCUUGAGCAAGUGGUGUCUGGAUGUUCUGAUGAUAACAAGUUGGCUAUGCAGUUGUCAGAAGACAUCAUUGCACCUUUAGAAGAUAUUAGUAUGAAGCCAUUAAAAUGUGAGACAUCAGAAGUAGUCAUGCAGUUCUCAGAAAGCAGUGUUUCUCCUUUGAAAAGUGAUAGCAAGUCAGCAUCAGAUCUUGAGACAGCUGAGUUUAAAUGUCCUGAUGAUAACAAGUUAGCCUUACAGUUGCUAGAAGACAGUGUUGAACCUGUGGAAAAUGUUAGCAUGAAACCAGUGAAAUAUGAGACAUCAGAAAUAGUCACACACUUUUCAGAAUGUAAUGCUUUGGAAGUUGAUAACAAGAAUUCAUUACAGUUUGAGAUUGCACCGUUUAAAAGUUGUGAUGACAAGAAGUUAGCUAUACAGUUGUCAGAAGACAUUGCACCAGUAGAAGAUGAUGUUAGCAUGAGGUCAUUCAAAUGUGAGACAUCAGAAAUAAUUGUGCAAUUUUCAGAAAGCAAUGCUCCAUUGGAAUCUGAUAACAAGAAGGUGUCAGAGCUUGAGACAGAAAAGUUUAAAUGUCUUGAUGAUAAAGCGUUAAGAAUACAAUUGUUAGAACACACUGUUUUUCCUUUAGAAGAUGUUAGCAAGAAGCCACCAAAGCCUGAGACAGCAGAAUUGACAGUGCUAUUGCCAGAUAGUGGGACUGCUUUUCUGGAAGACCUUCACAAGAAUCCAUUGGAACAUGAGCCAGUAGAAUUUAAAUCUUCUAUAGAUAAGUUUGCCUUGCCAUUGUCAGAAGAUAGCAUUGCUCCUUUAGAAGAUGUUAUCAUGAGGCCAUCAGAGCUUGAGACAGAGGUUGAUUCUCCUGAUGAUAAAAAAUUAGCAGUGCAUUUGCCAGAAAAGGAGAUUGAUUUUAGUAAGAAACAUAUAAUGAGAUAUGUCGAUGUAACAAAUGGUAAAGACGUUGAUGAGAAGCUGCUAGAACAGCAGAAUGUGGGGGUUUGUGAUAACUCCAACUUAGAAAAGACUAAGAGUGAUUUGGAGAUGAAAGCACAUGUGACAUGUUCAGGUGAGACAGAUUUAGGAAGAGGACAUCUAGAAUUAGCAGAACAUCAGUUUGCACUGAGUCAGGGAGACAAUUCAUUAUUUGAACAGCAAAUUGAGACUAAGAAAGAAAGAUCUGUUACAACAGAAGAUAAGCAAACUGCUGGAGCCUCUGACUUGAUAGCUUCUACUUGGGUUUCAGAUACAUGUUUGCAGACUCAACUGACAUUGGGCCCUGUAGAUUCAUUUUCAAAAGUGAGUGAAGAAGACCGUCAAAUAGUAGUAACAGAUCAGAGUUCUUCUAAAGAACCUUUACUUAAUCUAAAAGUAGACGCUCUCAGAUUUGAUCAGCUUGAGUCAGUAAUAGCCAAGGAUGAAAUGCCUCAAACUUCUGAGAUCCAGAUUUUAGAUCCAGAAUCUAAGCUUUUAAGUAAAGGUGACCCAGUCUCUUUCCAUAAUAACAGUGAACAAGAAUUAUUGGUUAGUUCUCAACCAAAGGAUUGUGAAGCGUUUAAUGUUGUUAAUGUUCCAGAAUCAGGAGAGACACCGAAUGAAUGCGCUACUAAUGUAACAUUGAUAAGCAGCACACUAGGAAAAGAUGAAGAGAUAAAUCAGCAGCCAUUAAAUUGUGAAGGCAAGAGUCUGCAAAGAGAGGAAGCUUUGGGGAGUAUUUCUCCUACAAAUGAUGUUGACUGUAGUUCCAGUGUAGAAUUAAUGUUUAUAAAAAAUGACAUGCUUGAAACGUCAAGAUCUGAUAUGGAAUUAAAUGACAACGAGGAGACAGGUGUAACAGAAACAGAAAAUGCUAGUUUUCCCAGUGUUCAUUCAGAAAUGGUCCAAGAACCAUUAGAUAUACUUUCAACAGAAAUUGGUGUUGAGCAUCUUGGAGGUGACACUCUUACCUUCACAGACAUUAACACUGGAGUCUUACAUACACCAGCAGUUGGUGACUUUGACUUGAAUACCACUUACUCAGAACUUAACUUUCAUCAGUCUGCAACUCUUACUCUGAAUUUAAAUAUAGAAAAUGAGAGAGAGUCUCCAAAAUCUGAUGAAACUAAGCCUGCUGAUUCUCCCAGAAUGAAAACUGGUCUGGAAUUAGAAUCCAUCAAUUUCAGUCUGGGGGAUAUUGAAAUGGAACGUGAACAGUUGGGGAUCUUACCAUCUGGAAUUCUAAAUGAGGAUAUUAUAGAUAGCCCAAAGUUAGAAACUGUUAUACCCAUUUCUUUGGAAACUAGCAAAACUACUGAGCUGGGCAUUGACCAACCAGCAGUUCAAUCAGAAAUGAUUGAUUUUGCUACAUUAACUUCUGAAGAGGAAGAGUACAAGUUUUGUUCUUUGGUUUCUGAUGUAACUGCCCCACAUGUGCCAUCUUCAUCAAAUGGUGACACUGCUGAACCAAAUACAUCACUUGUUGAAAUGCAGGACAAACCUACAGUUUCGAAAGUGCUGCAAAAGGAUGUUGGCAAAUGUGGCACUUCUGAUAUACUGUCAUUGCGUUGUGGUGGAAAAAAUGUGCAAAAGCAAGUGCCCAUGAUCCUUCCAGAUCUAAAGAUAGCAACUGUAGAAGUGGGGGGCUCGGGUGAUGCUGAAUUGUACAACGCCAAGAAUGAGAUACAGAUAUCAGGAAGAGAGCUACUUAAGACAGAAGAAGAAAAUAAUGAUAUUCGAUGUGAGGUUGACAGUAAGUUGACUUCAGAAGUUACUGACAGUUCAUCAACAGAGCACCUGCAGCUGACCAGCUCAGAAGGAACAGAAGAUCUGAACUUUACUCUCGGGAUGGGAUUCACUUCAUGUAACCAGACUUUACAAACCUGAAUGAUUCCCCUGAGCAGCAAAAUACUGUUGUGUGAAGGCUUUCGCUUAUACAGCCAGUCAAGAUAUGCAUUAAAUAUUGCAUGCAUUUAUCUAAAGGUUUUUAUCUGUACAUUUAAAAUAAAUGACCAUUAUGAUCUACAACAUGGACAGUUUUUUUAAUUCUCUGCAUAUAUGUAAAUAAAACUUUCAUAAUUCUCUAAUUAUUUAAGUGAAGCCAGAUCCCUUGGUUUUGUGUAUAAAGGUUCUGAUACAUUUCUUAUCCAAGCAACAUUGGGAGCAAAAUGAAACUUGGAAUUUGUAGCAGUGGAAGAAAAAUGUUACUUAAAUAUUUAACACCAUGGUCCCUUUUUCUGGCUACAUUACCCACUAGGGCCAGAUUAACCCCUCAAAUUGAAACAAAACAAAACAGGGCACACUUAGUUUUAGAAGGGAAUUGUGUUCUCUAGAGACAAAAGUUCUCUCUCUUUUUUUACAGUAACUUGAAAUAAACCCAACAAAGGGAUUGAUGAAAAAAAUCACCAGAGUGGUCCUGGGUGCCAUAAAAACAGAUCAAAUCCUCAGGGCAUAUUAUUUCCAUCUCCAAUUUGUGACUGAAGUCCUUUCCAGGUGGUUUUGUUCACGACGGGAAGAUACAGUGGUUUGAGGACCUGAUGACAUUCUACAAUUUAGCGAUUCGCCUCUGGAGUUGUUCUCAACUCUGAAUACUUUGGUGAUAUUGCAACUCCAAGGGCCAGAGUUGGAGAAAAGGGAUCUUGACUGCAAGUUUCUGUACUGAUGUGACUGCCCUCUCACUCCCCCCCUCCCAUGCCAGUUUGUCUGCCAUCUGGAAUGUUAACUGCUAGAAAACUUUUUGGAUGGUUCUCCUUGUUGCUGUUUGUGAGUAGUAGCACAUGCAUCCCAUCUAUUGCCAGUUUGGAAAUAUUACCAUUAAGCAUUUAAAAAAUAAAGUGUGUUUGCAUCUCUCUCUCCCCUGCUAUCAUUCUAGUGGGAUCAUUCCUCUGGCUUUUAAAAAAGAAUAGAUCCUGCAAAGCACAAGCAGGGCUACCCCUUCUACUUUACAAGGGGGUGAUGAAACGUUCUUGGCCUGACCAAAAAGGGAAUGACCAAGAGCCAUGAAACUUGGUCACAUGUUCAACCCAAAGUUUGACACACUUGGUACAUCAUCAGUUUUUUUAACCUGUCUGGGAAAAAAAAAUCUGAUAUCUGUUCACUGAAAUACUGCUCUGUUUCUGGUAGUACCUCUGAAUCACUGGAAAAUUUCUUUCCUCUCAAACUCUUUUAAAGGUUUGGAAGCAGGAAAUAAGAUGAAGCAAGAAUUGGUGAGUAGGGUGGAUAGUCUAUGAACUCAAACCCCAGAUUCUUCAAAGCAUCCACUGUCUUGCCAACCCUGUGAACAGGAAUGUCCUGCAAGAAGAGAACACCUCUCCACAGCUUCUCUUGCCAUUUUUCUUUCAAUGCCUCCUUUAAUUGACACAGCAAGUUAGAAUAGUAGUCUGCAUUAAUUGUUUGCUCCUUCUGAUAACAGUAAUCAAAAUACCUUUUUUAUCCCCAAAAACUGUUAACAUGACCUUUCCUACUAAUUUUUCAUUCUUGAAUGUCUGGCUGUGGAGAAUCCAAGUGCUGCCACUACAUGGAUUUGGUCACUGGAUAAUAGUGGUCACUGGUUUGGUCACUGGAUAAUAGUGAUGUAACAAUGUUUCGUUAACAGUGAUGAGUCUUUCAAAAAAACAAUUCACUAGAUUACUCAAAAUGCUGCAGAAUCAACUUCAAGGUAUCCACUUGAUUUUCAAACAUUUCAGCAUCCAUUUGGCUGACAGCUUUUGCACCAACAGCUGCUCUUGAGUUAUAAACCCAAAAUGUUCCCAGGCUAUCUCUAGUGUCUCAGCAAUUGUUUCACAUUCGCCGAUCUGCCAAAAUCAGGUUAUGAACGCACUCAAUAAUUUCAGGAGUUGACACCGUUGAAGGCUUCCCAAGCCUUGUAUCUCCAGCCUCAAAAUGAUGCUGAAAGUUGCCACACCUGUUCUUUGCCUCAUACACUUGCUUGCCUCAUACACUCAUGGAUUUCCAUUUUUCUCUUUAGGAACAGAAACUUUAUGAUGGCCCUCAGUUCCACACUUGAAAAUUCCAUUCUUUUUGUUGACACAGUUCUAUCAAUGAUCUGAAAAAAUUCAGAAAAUAUUGCUACCAUCCUGCAAUUUAGCAGUUUACAAUACAGAGAACACUCUUUCAAGCUAUAGGGACAAAAUUACACUCAGAUUUUGAGAAGGUUGGGCUGAGAACAUUUCAGCACCUCCUUGUAUAGUACAUUGUGGACCUGGAAUUUCAGUGAUGUGGAGCAGUGUGUUCUAGUUUGUUGGCGUCUGUGGCCACUCUGAUAUACAGAGGGCUCGUUCUCAGUAGAGUUUAAAAGCAAAUUGCUGAACAGGUUAUAUAUCCAUCGUUCCCACUUGAAAUUGGUUCUGAUCCUACUGUGCUUGGUUUCAACGGAAGUUAAGCGAGGCAAACACAAAAGAGCUGCUCUUUUCUGACACUAGUUUUUGGGUGGUUCUUUCGAAAAGACCCAAAUCCAGCAAGUGGGAACGAUGGGGUCAGAUUCUCAUCCGGGAGCUGCACCAGCUCUUGCCAGCUUCUCUCAGCCAGCCUUGGUGCUUUGGUGCUGUUUUUGAGGGCACAGCCAUGGGCCACCAUCUUGGGUGGCUCCUCUCCUGCGGCGCUCUCUUUCAGCUCAGCCAAGGCUGGCAGGCGGGGCAGUCCUUCAUACCUUCCUCCCCUUGGCAAGGAGGGAAUUGAGAGGCUUUCCUCCUUGGAGAGAGCCAAGGCAAGCUGGGAGCCUCACCAGAGUCCUUGGAACGAGGCUUCACCUUCUCCCCUUCCUCUGCUUUUCCUAGCUUGGCUAUGGAAACCCACUGAGUGCCCCUGGGCAAGUCACUCUCUCUCAGUUGGAAGGUUGAGGAGUGCUCUGGCCAGGCUCUCUUCUUCCUCUCCCCCGCUCCCUCAAGUGUGAACGACAAAGGGGAGUAAACGGCCCCAGAAAGAUUUGAUCACAAAAUAACCUUUUCCACACCGGCUUAUUUUGUAGUGGGAAUGAGACCAGAGUAUCAGCACCUCCAGUAUGCCUUUAUCUUUUUUUAGGAUUGCUCAUUUUGUUGUCCAUUAUUUAGUUGAAAAGUCAGCACUUGCAUAUCAGAUAAAUCAGUUGAAUCAAAUACAGCUUGUUAUUAGAUAUACCAGGCAAUAUUAGAAUGAAAGAAAAGUCUCUUAAAUCGCUGCGUAAAAGAUGAUUAAGGGGCUGUUCAGAGUGGCAGUUUGGGCCAGCUUGGGGUGGAGUCAGGGCAUAGCAUCUACACGACGCAUGGCCCAGCUCCACCCAAGAGCGUGUGACGCACCGCGUGGCGUGAAGCAUCAUGGUGCUCCUCUUGCGCUGUGUACAUACAAUACAGUCCUCAAGAAGCGCAGCCAAGCCAUGGUAACGUGGCUGUUGCACCCUUUGCAGGGUGCAAAAAGGAGGCGCAAAGACCAGAUUGGGGCAGCGGUGUGUGGUUGCUGCAACCCCAAUCUGGCUGAAACAAGAAUGGCUUCAUGCUGCUCCUUCGGGGCUGUUUGUACAGCCCCUAACUCACUUUUCUAAUAGUUUGAUACUAAGGCAGGUAGCUUGGCAUUGAGGUGCGCUUCUGCUACUCAAAGUAUCUAGUCAUCCAGAAAUCAUCCAGGAAUUAGCCCAUCUGUGUAGUCAUAGUUACUGUUUUGUCCAUUGCAACUAACAGUAGUUAAAAAUGGGAAGAUAUGAAUCCAGAGAUGAGAAUGGGGGAGGAGUUGGCUCACCUGCUUUUGCAACAGAAAAAAAUCUGUUGCAGAUUUGCUGUGUGAUGUUCUCUUAAAAGAGUUUUUCCAUUUUUCUCCUGCUCUGCCUAACAUGGAAAAAGCAACCUCAUCAGGUUCUUUCUUCAUUUUUUCAUCUUGAUUGUCUGGAAAACUUUGAUCUAUUUAAUUUUUCUCUCUCAAGUUGCUUUUUGUAAAAUCCAAUAACAGGGUAAUCUUUAUGCAUUCCAGGCUACGUUUUGUCCUGUUGACUGCUAUGUUGCAUUUGUCUAAGUCUGAUAUGUAUGUAGUGAGGAGGAAAACAAAGAAAUAGGUACCAUAUAUAUUGGGAGCCAAUAUAUGUUGGAAGUUCAUUUUAGAAAAGCCAGUAGAAAGCUGUUUGUGUCAGGAGCCCCCCAGAAGAUGGUAAGGCAAAAAGAGAAGCAUCCUAGCUUCAUAUAGAAUGCAAAAUGCACUGCUGCUGCUUUUUUUAAUUAAUAGUAGCACUGUGCAAUUGUAUUAGUAUACCAUGUUAAUUAUAUUAAUAUAAUUGUUAUAGUGUAACAAUUAUAUCCGAUGAUCUCAAAGUAGCUAUCACUCUAUAGAAAACAAUUAAAAUUGUAAAUUAUAAAUAAAAUAAUAGAUGACGAAUGACGAUAGAUGAGAAAUGAAAUAGUACAAACUGCAGUCUAAGAAAAAUCAAAUAUAUCUUCUUCCUCUGAAAGCUUGUUCGAAUAAAUAUGUAUAGAAUUAUAGGAGACAACGAGUCCUGUAACCAGAGUGCCACCACAAACAACCUUGCCACAUGUGGUUAGACCUGCAAACCACAUUAUUCUGGGGCACCAUAAACAGAGUCUCAGAUUACAUCUAAUUUGAGCACUCACAUUUUAUUCCUGAGAAUUCUUCCUUACACCUAGUUCACUUUCAUUGCAGUACUUUUGAUGUUUCCUGAGAUUGUUAGAACUGAUGGAAUCUAUCUUGAUUCAGGUUAGUGUUGCUUUCUAUAAUUUGUAUGAUUUGGAGGCUGAAUUGGAGGCUUCCUUUCCACCCUUACGAUUUUGCUUAGUGACCACCCACUAGAGUUGAGUGUUUCAGAAACAAUAUUUUAGCUGUGUAGCCUGUUACAAGGAUGUGAGACCAUCAUUGAAAUGUGUUGAUCGUUUUUUUAAAAAAAAACAACAAAAACCAAGCACAUUAAAAUUAUUAUUACACAA